AUGUCAACAAAACGAAUUCGUGAAGGAAUUUUCAUCGUUGAAGAAAACAAUAAUGAUGAUUCAGUAGUGGUGGAUGAUGACAAUAAUAAUGGAUCAUCGGGUAGUAGUGAUGGCAAUAAUUCAUUUGAUUCUGCUGCCACAACAGCAACAGCAACAACAACAACAACAAUUGAAACUAUUGGAGUAUCAACAACAAUAACACGUAAAUUGGAUGAAACGAACAAGUCAUCAAGACUUGUCAAGGUGGGAGAGGAAGAUUCUAUUCGAUCAUCAUCUGAUAUCAACCUUUCCGAAUUCAAAGUGCCUUCAUCAGCAUCUCCAUCAUCAUCACCAAGAAAUGUAAAUAGUAAAUCAUCACCUGCAUCAUCAGGAACAACUGUAGUUGUAACACCAGAACAAAAGAAGAAGAGAGUGGCAACCACUCAUCGUGUACAAUCAAGUGGAGGUCUUGUUUAUCAAUCAGACAAGAAGGAAAAGGCAAAGAAAGUUGGUGACUUUUUGAUAUUUAUUGAUAGCAAGUUGGGAUCAGGAAGUUAUGCAAGUGUUUAUGAAGGAAUGCAUUCAAUAACAAAGCAACAAGUUGCCAUCAAGGUGAUUGAUAAGAAAAUUUUGAAUUCUUCCAAUCUCAAAUACUUUUCGAGUGAAAUUAAGAUUAUGAGAGAUUUGGAUUCGGAUUAUUGCAUUAGAAUGGUUGAAUUUUUAGAGACGCAUCACAAUUGUUAUGUUGUGUUGGAAUUUUGUGGAGGAGGUGAUUUGAAUGAUUUGAUUAAGAAGAGAUCACCACUCGUGUUCAAUAAUAAUGGAAGAAUGAAAGAGAGAUUUUUGAAAAAGUUGAUUUACCAAUUAUCUGAAGGAGUUGAAUAUUUGAAUAGAAAACAGAUUAUGCAUAGAGAUUUAAAACCAGCAAAUUUACUCUUUUCCAAACCAAUGGAAAUAAUAGAUAAUGGAGAUGAUGAUUAUGAUAUUGAUUUUGGAACGUUAAAGAUUGCAGAUUUGGGACUUGCAAAGGAAUUGGAUACAAACAAAUUAGCUCAGACAGUUUGUGGAACUCCAAUGUUUAUGGCACCUGAAAUUAUGCAUUACUUGGCUGGAAAACAAGUUACCUAUGAUAUUAAGGCUGAUUUAUGGUCAAUUGGUGUAAUUAUUUAUUUAUUAUGCUAUGGUAAUUUACCUUUCAUAGCAAACGAUAUGGCUCAACAAUAUAGGAGAGUGAUGAGUGGAACAUCCUUUCCAACUAGAGACACUUCGCCUGAAUUGAUUGAUUUAUUGAAAGGAUUAUUGACAUUUGAUCCUAAUUCAAGAUUUGAUUUCGAUCAAUUUUACAAUCAUCCUUACAUUGUAAAUAUUAGAAACGAGCAACGAAAGAGCAGUGAACCAAAUGUCAUUCAACUUUCGAGCUUGGAAGAAGAGUAUGACAUUAUAGAUCCUUUGGAAAUUCAAGGAAUACCAUCAACUCCAGAUGAUAUCAUUAUUUCAACAACUGAUAUCUCAACAAACUCAACUCCUACCCCUUCCCCAAUUGUUGCUUCAUCAUCAUCAACAUCUACUCAACAACCACCAUCCCUCACUGAUUCAACAGAAAAGAAGAAUUUAAUUAUUCUCUUUGAUGAAAAAUUUGAACCUAAUCCAGAUUUGUACAUUUCUAAAACUUAUACCAUAGAAUCCUCAUUGGAAAAAUAUCCAAUUGUAAUAUUUGAUUUUUCAGAGCUAGCAUCAUCCCCAGAGGACAAGCCAACUUUGGAUAAUGUAGAACGAAAUCUUCAAAUCAGUUGGGUUCUUGCAGAGAUGGCUCUCAAUUUUGAAAGAACCUCGAAAAUAACUGAAUCUUUUGCUCUCUACUUGAGAUCAACUCAACUUUUACAGAACUGCACCCCUUUUCUUUCUCGAAUUCCACCAUCUGAUCGCAAAACAGCUCUCAUGUCAUUCAUGAAUCAUUUAUUAAAUGAUGUUUUCAAGAGGACAGAAAAACUACACUCCAAAACCAAAUUAUUAGAGCCAUCAAAAUGCAAAGACAUUACCAAUGUAAUGUAUUUGUCGGCUAUCGAGUUGACCAAAGAAGCUUGUUGUUGGGAAAUGAUUGGUUAUCCCAAGUGGACUGCCCUGUAUAAUAGAGCCUUUUAUUUAUUGUCUUACUUGUCCGAAUUGACGAAAGAAAACAAAGAGGAUAACAAUAAGAUUUUACACCUCACCAAAAUUAUUCAAUCCAAGUUGAUGAAACAGUAA